UUCGGAAAUCUCGGCGCAACCCUUCAUUGUUCUUAUAACCUUUCUUUUGUCCUCUUCAAACCGCUUCUUCUUAUUAAUUUUAUACACCAACCAGCUGACAUAACGUUUGUCUUUCUCCAAUGACUUCAUCUCUAUAUAACCUUGUAUCACCCUAACACAAUUUUUUCAAAAGAAAAAAGGAAAAAAAGAAAAAGAAACAAUAAUUAAGAAUGGCUACCGUGACCAGGUCACUGAGCGCUGUGUUCCCAACAGUUGAGAAAUGUUCAUCAACCGGACGAGAAAAACAUACUGUGGUAGCUGACAUGGACGGGACAUUACUAAGAGGGCGAAGCUCUUUCCCUUACUUUGCUCUAAUCGCUUUCGAAGUGGGCGGAGUUUUGAGGCUUCUCUUCUUGCUUUUGGCUGCGCCAUUAGCUGGAUUUCUCUACUACUUUGUGUCGGAAUCGGCUGGAAUCCAAGUCCUCAUAUUUGUCACCUUCGCUGGAAUGAAAGUUUCCGAUAUCGAGUCGGUUGGGAGAGCUGUACUGCCUAAGUUUUACUCGUCGGAUGUUCACCCGGAAUCGUGGAGAGUUUUCUCUUCGUGUGGGAGACGGUGCGUUUUGACUGCAAAUCCGAGGAUUAUGGUGGAAGCAUUUUUGAAGGAGUUUCUUGGAGCAGACAUGGUUUUGGGGACUGAGAUUGAGAGUUACAAGGGAAGGGCAACUGGGUUUGUUCGGCGGCCGGGGGUACUUGUUGGGAAGAACAAGGCUGAUGCUCUUAAAAAAGCUUUUGGUGGCGAGACUAAUAGACCCGACCUUGCCCUUGGUGAUCGACUCACUGAUGUUCCUUACAUGUCACUAUGCAAGGAGGGUUACAUGGUCGCAGCCAAGCCAGAUGUGAAAGCCCUGACAAGCGAUAAGCUCCCCAAACCAGUAAUCUUCCAUGACGGCCGACUUGCCUGCAAGCCAACGCCACUUGUGGCUCUCUUGAUAGUCCUAUGGAUCCCUAUUGGCUUCAUCCUAGCCUGCUUGCGAAUGGCCGCUGGUUCCCUCCUCCCCAUGCGCCUUGUCUACUACGCUUUCUGGGUUCUCGGAGUUCGUGUCAUUGUCAAGGGCAAUCCUCCUCCACCUGUCGACAAAUCCUCCGAUACCAAAGAAUCUGGCGUCCUCUUCAUAUGCUCACACAGGACACUCUUGGAUCCAGUAUUCCUAUCCACAGCAUUGGGUAGGCCAAUCCCCGCCGUGGUAUACUCCGUCUCGCGACUAUCGGAAAUUCUGUCACCCAUCAGAACCAUUCGUCUAACACGAGACCGAAUUAUGGACGCUUCAAUGAUCAAGAAACUACUUCAAGAAGGUGACUUGACCCUUUGCCCAGAAGGAACCACAUGUCGUGAGCCGUUCCUUCUCAGAUUCUCGGCGCUGUUUGCCGAGUUGACUGACCAUCUAGUUCCAGUGGCAAUGGUGAAUCGGAUGAGCAUGUUUCAUGGGACCACGGCUCGGGGAUGGAAAGGGAUGGACCCAUUUUACUUCUUCAUGAAUCCGAGCCCCGUUUAUGAGGUGACCUUCUUGAAUAAGUUGCCCGAGGAGUUGACUUGUGGGUCAGGAAAGUCUAGUCAUGAGGUGGCCAAUUACAUACAAAGAGUCAUUGCAUCUACCCUUUCUUAUGAGUGCACUAGUUUUACUCGCAAGGACAAGUAUCGAGCUCUUGCAGGAAAUGAUGGAAAUGUGACUAUUGUGGCUAACAAACCUUUUUUCCAACCCAACAAAGUUAUGGGUUGCUGAUGAAAUGAUAAUGCUUUUCUCCAACACAACCCUUGAUGGCUUAGAAUUACUGGUGACCAUCCAAAGUAGAUGAAUCAAAAUAUAUUGCAUAUGUAUUGUCAUUGUUAAGGGCAAGACAAUGGGUACAAAAUAUAUAAUGGUGAAAGAAGUGACAAAAAAAAUGUGUAUUACUUGUGUGCCAAAUUUCGGAAUUAGAAUAACUAAUGAUCAACUUCAUUUUUAUUAUCACGAAAA